GAAUGAAAAGUGGGGCAAUCAAUCACACAAGCUCACUACCCUCACACAUGCCCCGGGCCAGACAGUGAGGGAUACUACUGAUAAGUAGAGAAGGUGUUUGACAAAAUGACGAUGCCAUUUCUGAUCUGAGUGUGAGAUUGUGUCCGCAGCUUCCUUUCCUUCACGUGCUUUUGAUUUGAGUUGUUCUCUUCUCUUAGAUCCAAUCUCAUUUCAACCCUAAAUCAAAUUCCCCAAUUCCUCUUCCUUUCAUUGUCAACUACUAGUACUUUCUUCAUUGCCAUUUUUUCAAAGGAAAUUCCAAAUUACCGAAACUUCCACUUCUUUCCUUUUCCUUACAUCAUUCUUCACCAACUCUCUCCACUUCAGUUUCUCUUCACACUACAUACACUAUACAAAUGCCCAAACUAUUUCCACCAAAUUCACUUAUUUCUAAUCUCAAUUUCAUUUUCAUUUCAUUUCAACACUAAUUUCCCCACAUCACAUUCACAUGGAAGACACAUCCAAAUACUCCCACAGUCCUGUCCACGUGGCAGUCGCCAACCGCGACCACGCUUCCCUCCGCCGUCUCGUUUCCACCCUCCCCAACCUCGCCAAACCCGGCGAAAUCAACACCGAAUCAGAAUCCCUCGCCGCCGAGAUUCUAGCCGACGAAGUCUCCUCCGUCAUCGACCGCCGCGAUGUUCCCGGCCGCGAAACCCCUCUCCACAUCGCCGUACGUCUUAGGGAUCCAAUCUCCGCCGAUAUUCUAAUGUCCGCCGGCGCCGAUUGGAGUCUUCAAAACGAGCAAGGCUGGAGUGCUCUCCAAGAAGCAGUUUGCAACAGAGAGGAAUCAAUCGCUCUCGUUAUCGCUCGCCAUUAUCAACCUCUCGCUUGGGCGAAAUGGUGCCGUAGGUUGCCGCGAAUAGUUGCUUCUGCUUCUCGAAUUCGCGAUUUCUAUAUGGAGAUUUCUUUCCAUUUUGAAAGUUCUGUUAUUCCUUUUAUAGGUAGAAUUGCACCUUCUGAUACUUACCGUAUUUGGAAACGUGGUUCCAAUCUUCGUGCUGAUAUGACACUAGCUGGUUUUGAUGGAUUUCGCAUUCAACGUUCUGAUCAGAGUUUUUUGUUUCUCGGUGAGGGUUACACUUCAGAGGAUGGUAAUGUGAAUCUUCCCAAUGGUUCUUUGAUUUGUCUUUCUCAUAAGGAGAAGGAAAUUAACAAUGCUUUAGAAGGUGCUGGUACACAACCUACUGAAGCUGAAGUUGCUCAUGAAGUUAAUUUGAUGUUUCAGACGAAUAUGUAUAGGCCUGGUAUCGAUGUUACUCAGGCCGAGCUUGUUCCGAAUUUGAAUUGGAGGCGUCAGGAGAAGACUGAGAUUGUUGGGAAUUGGAAGGCUAAGGUUUAUGACAUGCUCAAUGUUAUGGUUAGUGUGAAAUCAAGGCGGGUUCCGGGUGCUUUGGUGGAUGAAGAGAUUUUUUUGAAUGGAGAGAAUAAUGAUGAGUUUGAUGAUGUGUUGACUGCUGAUGAAAGAACGCAGUUGAAAUCGGCGCUACGGAUGGGGAAUUCGGAGGGUGUUUGUCAGGAUGAGGAGCAUGGAGGAGGCGGAGUAGGGGGAGGGUUUGAUGGUCGUGAAAAUGUAUAUGAGAAUGAGAAUUGUGAAGUUAAUGGUGUGGUUAAAGAGAAGAAGGGUUGGUUUGGUUGGAACAAGAAGAACUUGAAGAAUGGUGGUGAUGAACAAGAGGUUUCAAAGAAAUUUUCGAUGUUGGGCCAAGAAGGUAGCAACCAGAGAUCGAGCGAUCAGCAAAAGCAACAGCAAGAGUUUCUUAAGGAGGACCAUGGGGAAAGGAAUUCAAAGAAAGGAAAAGAUCAAAAUUUGAAGAAGAAAAAGAAGAAAGGAGCGAGUAAUGAGUCUAAGAGUGAAAGUGAGUUCAAAAAGGGUGUAAGACCCGUCUUGUGGUUGACACAAGACUUUCCUUUGAAAACAGAUGAGCUUCUGCCGGUACUUGACAUCUUGGCGAACAAGGUGAAGGCUAUUAGGAGACUUAGAGAACUUUUGACAACCAAACUUCCUCAAGGAACCUUCCCUGUCAAGGUAGCUAUUCCUAUAGUCCCUACUAUAAGGGUUAUUGUAACUUUUACAAAAUUUGAGGAGCUUCAGACAUCAGAGGAGUUUUCAACUCCACUCUCUAGCCCAGUCUACUUCCAGGAUGCCAAAUCCAAGGAAUCAGAAGGGUCAACAUCCUGGAUUUCGUGGAUGAAAGGAAAUCGUGGUAUGAUAUCUAGUGACUCUGAUAGUCAUAGUCACAGAUAUAAGGAUGAAGUAGACCCUUUCAUUAUUCCUUCAGAUUACAAAUGGGUGGAUGCAAAUGAGAGGAAACGCCGUAUAAAGGCAAAAAGAGCCAAAAGUAAGAAAAAUAAGAAGCAGUCAGUUGCUAAAGGAGGAGAUGGAGUCCAUCAGGGGAGUGAUGAUGUGGGAGAAUUAUACAAAUAGUGUUGUACAUCUGUAAUGGCCACUUUGAUAAUCAUUUCCAGAGAGGAAGUGUAAAGAGUAUUUGUACACAGCUGACUAUACCUUUUACAUUGGACGAUCUCGCGAAGAAUUUACGGGGAACUUUUCGUGUGAUCCUUGCUCUUCAAGAGAAGGAUGCUUUUAUGUUUUUUGCACAUUUGUGAUAUCAGACCAUGAAGAGAGCUUUCAUCAUCUGAAAAUUGUUGUAUUGUCAUGUGAAGUGAAAAUGAAGAGAGUAUCACCUUCAAUUAGUUGGCUACUUGGCUUCAUUCUAAUUUUCUCCAAUAUUUGUAUGUACAUCUAUAUACACAAUAUCUUGCACUUCUCUGAGUGGUAUCUCAGUCGCUAUUUUUCCGACUGACAUUGACAUAGUAAAAUUUGUUGUUGUUGUAACUCUAUUCAUUGAUAGUUCGGAUCUUCUUUGUUGCCUUUUCUUUUCA